AGCUGAGGGAUGCUGAGGUAGGCUUGCCCGUUGCUAGCCAGUUAGCCACGUUAGCUGUGUCUAGUAAUCCUGGCAGAAACAGUCGUUUCUUUUCGCCUUUCCAGAAAAAAUCACCCGAGGGAGAUAUACCACCAGCCAUGGAGAGGAUACAGCGCAUGUGGUCGUGUUUUGUAUCCUCUCGUAUCGUCGGCUUUUGGUUAGAUUUCAAUGUCAGUUUGUAGCUAGGGCUGUUUAGUUAGCUCAGCUAGCUUGUGUCUGGUGAACACAGGGCCAAGGCCAAGGCCAAGCAAGAAAAGGGAGGCCGUCGGGCAUUUGUUCUGUAGGUGGACAGGAGAGGAGAGGAGUAGCACACCAGGUUUUGGAUCAGAACUUCUUUUAGAGUUGCCUCUACCAGCAUCAUCAUCACUUUCACCAUCAGCUGAACCAUGUCUUCAUCAGGAUGCUGCCACCUACCCGGCUCCCUUUGUGAUUACUCUGGGAACGCUGAAUCUGAUGCCUCCAAGGAUUCGGAGGAGUCUGAUUCUACCACGCAGGCCCAGUACAUUGCCAAGGUUACCGCGAAAGAUGGCCGCCCACUCUCCACUGUUGUCAAAGCGGUGAGCUUGCAGAGUGAUGUGGGCAUGUGUCGUAUUUGUCAUGAGGGGGCUGGAGGAGAGACACUGCUCUCACCCUGUGACUGCACUGGCACACUGGGUAAAGUGCACAAGAGCUGCUUGGAGAAGUGGCUGUCCUCCUCCAACACCAGCUACUGUGAACUCUGUCACACAGAGUUUACUAUUGAACGGCGACCACAACCACUCACACAGUGGCUGAAGGACCCUGGCCCUCGGAGUGAGAAGCGCACGCUGCUUUGCGACAUGGCCUGCUUCCUUCUCAUCACACCCCUGGCAGCCAUCUCCGGCUGGCUGUGUCUGAGGGGAGCCCAGGACCACCUGCAACUGAAGAGCAGACUUGAGGCUGUUGGCCUCAUUGCCCUCACCAUUGCCCUCUUCACCAUCUACAUCCUCUGGACACUGGUGUCAUUUCGGUAUCACUGUCAGUUGUACUCGGAGUGGAGGAGGACCAAUCAGAAAGUGCGUCUGCUCAUGCCUGACAUGAAAGGGGCACACACCACCCAACGUUCAGUGCCGACCAAGUCGACCAAGAAAAUGACUGAUGAAACCAUCGUAUGAGUGCAGCGCAGUGGCAAGAGGAAUAUUUAAAAAUAACGCCCACUGAAGCACUCUCUAAAAACAAAGUUAAUCAUAUUAAUGAACUUUUGCACUUCAUAUGGACCAUUCUGCGAGGGGAGAGCUACUUUCUCCUUCUGUUUUCUUUUAUUGAAGCACUUGAUGUAAACUACUACGGUAUUGACCCCACCACAAAAGUGGUUUUGCGAAGAACUCAUUCCGGAGUCAUAGUUGAUGUUGAAACACAGUUGUCAUCGGACAGCCAGUGCUGGGACGUGAACGACUGAACACUUGGAUAAUGGACUAACCAGCCCGACUGUAUGUCCGUGACACAAGCUUAUGAAAUACUAAGACACAAGCUAAUGUAGCAGGAUAUAACUGAAUCAGCAUGCUACUACAGUAUAAUAUGAAACAUAUUCACACUACCUAUAAUUCCCCCAUGCCCCUUCACAAUGUAUUUAGCUGUUUUUGAACAAUGGGCAGCCAAUAGCCCAGCGGAGGAUAAUAAUCUAAAAACAUGACUGACAAAGUCUACAGUGGCCAGAAAAAGUAAGUGAACACUUUGAAAUUAUCUUUAUUUAUGUAUACAUUUGUCUUAAAAUAUGGGCAGAUCCUCAUCUAAGUUAGAGUUAUUUAUUUUAAUUCUCUUGUCCAUACUGAAUACAUCAUUAAAGUAUUCACAGUGUAGGUCGAAAAACUGCAUGUGAACCUCUAUCCUAAUGGUAUUAACAAAAGCUAACUAAAGUCAGGAGUUGUCAAAGCUAGAGUCUGCUAAAUGAAACCAGAUUGGAGUUGUGGGUUGGACUUCACACCCUUUGAGUUUGCUUUUCACAGGAAACAUCUGCUGAUGUGAAACAAGUGAAGACUUGCAAUCAAGAAUUCGGGAUUUGCAUAAAGCUGAAAGUGUUAGAAAGUCAUCUCAAAGAGUUUAAAUGACGAUUUUGUUCUGUGGCUACCCACCCUAGAAGUAGGCACUCGGCUACUCCAAAAGCACAAUGCAGAAGCUCAGUAAUUUUACAAAGAACCUCAGACUAACAGCUAAAGGCUUAAAGGAAACAUCGGAGCUGAUUAACAUCUUUGUUCAUGAGUCUACCACACGCAGAUCAUGAUGCAUGCUGUUCUGCCAUGGACGCCACGGAGGAAGCCACUGCUCUCCAAAAAAACAUCACUGCACCCCCAAAAUUUGCCAAAGAGCAGUUUGACCCUCCACAAUGCUACUGGGAAAAUGUUAUAUUUUGGACUGAUUUAGUCCAACAUAACAUGUUGGACUAAACUAAGGAAGAAGGAAGUACGGUGGAGGGACCAUCAUGAUUUGGGGCUUUGCUGCCUCUGGGCUGGGGCAGCUUGCCAUCAUCAAAGAGAAAAUGAGUUUAUCUAGGAAUCUAACAGGAUAAUGUCAGGGUGGCUGUCCGCCUGCUGAAGAUCAGUAGAAGUUGGGUGAUGCAGCAGGACAAUGAUCAUAAACAUCAAAGUUAAUCAACUACAAAAUGCUUUUGAACAAAGAAAAUCCACCUGUUGGAGAGGCUCAGUCAGAGCCCAGACCUGAACCCAGUAGAGAUGCUGUGGAAUGACUCAGAGAGCUGCUCACACCAGACAUCCGGAGAGUAUGUCUGAGCUGAAGCAGUUCUGUUAGAAGAAUCGUCCAAGAUUCCUCCUGAACAUUGUGCAGGUCUGAUCAGCAGCGACUGGAAGAGCUUGUUUGAGGUUAUUGCUGACACAGAAGUUUCGUUAUUUAACCCAAGGGCUCACUCACUUUUUUCCAUCAGCGCUGUGAAUUUUUAAUGGGUGUGUUCCUUAAAGAUGAAAAACAUUAUAAUUAUUUGUGUGAUAUUAGCUUAGGGACACUAUGUGUACUAUACUUGUGACUGAGGUGAAGAGCAGAUCAUGUUUUAUGACCAAUUGAUGCAGAAAACCAGGUCAUUCCAAAGGGUUCACAUGCUUUUUCUUGCCACUGUAUCUGUGAAUGUUCUUUCUCGACAAGUAGAGAGUGACAUUCGCUCAUACCAACGUUCUUGUCUAUAAUCUGAACCCUUUCAAAGUUUCCAGGUAAAGCUUUAUCAUCGCUGUCUGAACGGUGACACUCCAAUCAUUUUGCUGUUUAGACAGCAGCUGAGGCAUCACACAUCUAUCACACUUGUCACUGGGUCAGUGAAGAUUGUAGUAUAUGGGAGAACACAAACUGCAUCCGUUAAACGGCAGCGCAGUAACAUAUAAGAAAAUAGUAUUGACGGUGUGGAAAAGUGUUUACAUUCCAAUUGGAUGACAUUUCUACUAUUGUCAUAAAGUGCAUUAGCAAACUGCCCUGCUCCACUUGUAAAUGCACCAUUCAUAAAUUGAACUGCCUAGCAAUGACCAGUAGUAAUGUCCUACAUCACAAGAGAUGCAAUUUUAAAUAGAAGAGAAACAGUGUUCUGAAUAGUGAGAUUACAGACUGACUUUUGUCCUGUAUUACACACAGCAAUGUAUCAGAGCAGGCUGGUACUCAGUAAAGGUGCAAAAGAGAAAUGUGUUUGAGAUGUCAAUCAAUGUAUGCAGCAUAUGGUAAACAAAGUAUUUUGUGUUAUUGUAGUCUUCCUGCUGCAUCUCCUGGAAAGUUGGGUUAUUGUGCAAUAAAACAAGAGGGACUCCUGGA